AUGCACGCCAAAGUUAUCAUUGUUGGUUCCGGUCCCGCUGGACACACCGCAGCUAUCUACGCAGCGCGGGCAAACCUCGAGCCGGAGAUGUUCGAGGGCAUGAUGGCCGGCGGUGUGGCGCCCGGUGGACAGCUGACGACGACCACGGACGUCGAGAACUUCCCCGGGUUCCCCGCGGGCGUGAUGGGCGGCGAGCUGACAGACAAGUUCCGCGAGCAGUCGGAGCGGUUCGGCACCAAGAUCCACACGGAGACGAUCACGCGCGUGGACCUGUCGUCGCGGCCGUUCAAGCUGUGGCGCGAGUACGCCGACGGCCCCGAGGACAAGCCCGACACGUGCGAUGCGCUGAUCAUUGCCACCGGAGCGACAGCCAAGCGCCUGUUCAUUGCCGGCGAGGACACGUACUGGCAGCGGGGCAUGUCUGCGUGUGCUGUGUGCGACGGCGCUGCGCCGAUCUUCCGCAACAAGCCGCUGGUGGUCGUUGGCGGCGGCGACAGCGCCUGCGAGGAGGCGACGUUCCUGACCAAGUAUGCCAGCCAUGUCUAUCUGGCCGUGCGUCGCGACGCGCUGCGUGCCUCUGAUAUCAUGGCCAAGCGGGCCAUUGCCAACCCCAAGAUCACCGUGCUGUGGAACACCCACGUGACUGAGGCCAAGGGCGACGGCGACCUGCUCAGCCAUGUUGUGCUCAAGGACGCCAAGACCAACGAGACGCGCGAGCUCGAGGUCUCGGGUCUGUUCUAUGCCAUCGGCCAUACCCCCAACACUGCCUUCCUCAGCGGCCAGCUCGAGACCGACGAGUCCGGCUACCUGCUGGUCCAGCCCGGCACCUCGCUGACCAACAUCAAGGGUGUCUUUGCUGCCGGCGACGUCCAGGACAAGCGCUACCGCCAGGCCAUCACUGCUGCUGGCUCUGGCUGCAUGGCUGCUCUCGACGCCGAGAAGUACCUCGAGGAGCUCGAGGCCGAGGAGCGCGAGAAGAAGGAGAAGGACAACAGCAAGCUGUAA